AUGGCGUCCUUCGUCCCUGAGCCACGUCUUUCCCCCCCGAGGGGGCUCUCGUCUCUGGGCCUCGAUCCGUCCGAUUUCAGCCUCUACAGCCCUCCAGCUCCUCCAGAGUCCUGCCUGUCUGCGCCCCCCUGGAUCCACAGUGACCCCUACGUCUGCUUCUCCAGCCCAGACCUGGGCCCCGUCUAUCGGGCACCAGGACUCCCAUCAGGUCUCCCAUCAGGACUCCCAUCAGGUGUCCCCCCAGCCUUCGUGGGCCUCUUCCCCCAUCUCUACGGCCUCCAGAACCCACUGCCCCCCGGCAGCCCCUGGACCUCCCUCUCCAUUCAGGAGGACUUCCUGCGUCUGGUCCGCCCCCCGUACUCCUACUCCGCCCUCAUCGCCAUGGCGAUACAGAGCGCUCCGGAGCAGCGGCUGACGCUCAGCCAGAUCUACCGGUACGUGGCCGACAGCUUCCCGUUCUACAGCCGCAACCAGGCGGGCUGGCAGAACUCCAUCCGGCACAACCUGUCACUCAACGACUGCUUCCGGAAGGUCUCCCGGCACGAGAGCGACCCAGGAAAAGGAAACUACUGGACUCUGGACACAAACUGUGAGAAGAUGUUGGACAACGGAAACUUUCGCCGCAAGAGGAAGAGGAAGGCGGAUAAGGCACCUUCCUCCUCCUCUUCCUCUGACUCCUCCUCGUCAGAGCUCAGCCCUAAACUUCCCAGCAUGCCCUGCGGCAUAGGUGGCAGCACUGAGUUCCCUGCGCUGUCAGGUGCUCCCCUCGGCGGCUUUCUGUGUCCCCUCCAGGACACCCUCCUGCCUCCUCUUCCUCCUCUUCUUCCUCACGCCGGCGCCCCCUCACUGUACAUCCAGGUACCGGACCUCGCCCCCCCGCCUCCUCCUCAGGGAUACUCCGUGGUGCCGCAGUGGAACCCCUGCAGCUCCUCUCACUUGACCCCCCAGGCCGGCUCUCCGCCGCUCUACGUGGACCUGCAGACGGAGUCCUGCUUCCUGCCGGACCUGCAGGAGGCCCAGCAGCUGCAGGAGCAGUGCGGCUUCCCUGGGGCACCGCUUCUCUGA